GGAGGAUGCUGCUCAGAGGCAGAGAGGGAAGAAGGGAAGGGACAGACGUGGUCUAGCCUCUCCGAGGGUGGCACAGACCCAUGAAGGACAAGGGUAGCAGGUUCCAGGAGGGGUAGCUGGGACUCAGAAGUUUCCCACUGCAUGUGUCCUGCUGUGGUGGAAAGCAAGGGAACUGAGGCCUCCUUUUCAGGGUCUAGUCAGAAGAUUAGACAGCUCAGAAACCAACACAGCUCACCCCAACGACCCAGUGACCAUGACGCUUGAGGAGAAGCCUGGGGUAAAUGGGUGUGUUGGAGGAAGGAGGGAGUCCUGCCCCAGUGAGAUGUCCCAGGCCAACGGAAAGCCGAGAGCAAAUGGGAAUGCCAAGGGCUCCCCAAAGCAGGAGGCGAAUGGCAAAAGCAAUGCACCCAGGGGAUGUCUCAACACCUACACCUGGCAGGAGAUCCAGAAACACAACCAGGACGGCGACCAGUGGCUGGUGAUCAGCCGCAAGGUCUAUGAUGUCACCGAGUGGGCCCACAGGCAUCCAGGAGGGCCUCGAGUUCUCAACCACUACGCUGGGGAAGAUGCCACGGAUGUAUUCAGAGCCAUGCACCCGAAUCUGGACGUUGUGAAGCUGUACCUGAAGCCUCUGCUCAUUGGAGAGCUCGCCCCGGGAGAGCCCAGCCAGGAGAGAAACAAAAAUCCACAGCUGGUAGAAGACUUUCAAGAGCUUCGCAGGACACUGGAGGCUAUGAACAUGUUUGACGGCCGCCUGCAGUUCUUCUUCCUCCACCUCGCGCAGAUCUUGAUUUUAGAAGUCCUGGCCUGGCUCCUCUUGUAUCACUUUGGCAAUGGCUGGACUGUUACCAUCUUGGUUUCUUUUCUUCUCACAGUUGCUCAGGCUCAGUCUGGAUUUUUGCAGCAUGACAUAGGACACCUUUCCAUGUUUAAGAAGCCCAAGUGGAACCAUCUGAUGCAGAAGUUUGUCAUGUGCCACAUGAAGGGUCUGUCUGCAUACUGGUGGAAUCACCGUCACUUCCAACAUCAUGUAAAAACAAACAUCUACCCCAAAGACCCAGAUAUCGACGUAGGUCCACUGUUUGUGAUUGGAGAAUCCCAACCUGUCAAGUAUGGCAAGAAGAAAAUCAAAUACAUUGACUAUGACAAGCAGCACCUGUACUUCUACCUAGUUGGGCUUCCCUUGCUCAUGCCUGUGUAUUUCAAUGGGAAGUCCCUGCAAAUAAUGUACCUUCAUAAGGUCUGGGUGGACAUUGCACUCGUCAGUAGCUUUUACAUUCGACAUUUCAUCACUUUUGGACCUUUCUAUGGAAUUUUUGGAACCAUGUUGCUCAUAUACAUGGUCAAGUUUCUUGAAAGUCCAUGGAUUGCAUAUGUUACCCAGAUGAGCCACAUACCAAUGAAGAUAAGCAGAGAGGAGAACCGAGAUUGGCUGAGCACCCAGGUCUUGGCCACCUGUAAUAUUGAGCAGUCUUUUUUCAAUGACUGGUUCUCUGGGCACCUGAACUUCCAAAUCGAGCACCAUCUUUUCCCCACAAUGCCGCGCCAUAAUUACCACAAAGUGGCUCCGCUGGUCAGGUCCCUGUGUGCCAAGCACGGGCUGCAGUACGUGAAUAAGCCCCUGCUGACAGGGUUUGGAGAUAUCGUCAGGUCCUUAAAGAAAUCUGCAGCCCUUUGGAUUGACUCUUACUAUGAGUGAGGUGGCACCAUGCAUGCCAUUGUCUCUGAAGGGGGUUGGUGGAUGUGCAAGAGCUCUUCGUCAUUUAGCUGGGAAUUAAGUAGCACCCCUGGCAUACCUGUUUGUCCCGGGAUUGAGGACCUGAGGAUGCAUGACAAGGCCUUCCCUGAAGGUCUUUAAAAACAAGAAGCAGUGGAAGCACAAGAGGAUUUUGGCCAGGUUGGCAAAAGGGAAAUGGGACCUCUUUGCUUUAAUCGUUCCACUCUGAUCUUGAACUUAGUCUACCAAUGGAUCUUAAAUCACCUAAUCCAAAGAGCAUGAGUGCAGGAAGCAGGGAAACCUUCCCAGGAAGAAGGGUAUAAUCAGAAGUAAACAUGGAGAAUCAUCUGAUGGAGGAUUCUGGAAAACAGUGCAAUUGCUCUUAGAAGAGAAUAAUUUAUCUAAGUGAUUCCUGUUGAAACACAAAUUUUCUGUUUCUCCUCAAAUAUUAAAGUUUUUUUUCUUUAAAAGUUGAUUGACAUUAAAAUAUAUUCACACAUUUCAA